AUGGACUUUAUAGUCGACUGUGGUCUCGACACAUCGGCCUUGUUAAAGUUUCCGCCGCGCAACACCAUCGGCGACGACGACGAUGGUGCUGAUAUCGAUCACAGGACAACGAUAGACUUGGACAUAUUUGGACCUCAAAACCCGGAAGACGAUAACGGCUCGCGUAAACGCCGAAAACUUGACGCGUUUGCUGAAGCAGGGCGAUUUUUAGUACAGACGCCAGAUUUUUCGUCCGUUGAUUGGAAAGCAGUCGAUUUUAUUUUGAUCUCUAGUUAUAGACAUAUGCUCGCUUUGCCUUUCGUUACAGAAUAUACCGAAUUUAUGGGCAAGAUAUAUGCAACUGAACCGACUAUCGAAUUUGGACGACAACUUAUGAAUGAACUGGUUUAUUACUUUGGUGAAAGUUCGUCAACGGAUGCAGCUAGCAGGCACGCGCCAUCGCAUUCCAAUAUCGGAAAGUUACUUCAAGACGAAUCAACGUUUGAUCUAACUCUAUCGAGAACACUUUAUACGACGGCAGAUGUCCAAUCAUGUAUAGAUAAGAUCCAACCGAUUCGAUAUUGCGAGCAUCUGUCGUUGUAUGACUCUUUGAGAAUCACUGCUUAUAGUUCGGGUUAUUGUCUAGGAAGCGCUAAUUGGGCUAUUGACUGUGGCCAAGAGAAGAUUGCAAUAAUCUCGUCAUCCUCGACGAUAAAGACUAUUCAUCCUGCUCCGUUUGAUAAAACAGUUUUUGAAAAUGCGAGCGUGAUAUUGUUUAGUGACUUGCGUACCGAAACCUAUCUUUCUUACGAGGAAGCGCUUGACAAAAUUGAAGAAUGUGUCGUGAGGACAAUUAAUAAUGAUGGAAAUGUCCUAUUUCCAUGUACUUCUAACGGUAUUAUACUUGAUCUUGUGGAAGACCUUGACAGAAUAUUGUCAGCGAAAGGACUUGGUGGGCAUGUAAGAAUGUUUGUAAUAUCUCCUAUGGCGGAAGAAUCUUUGAAAUAUUCAAAUAUUCUGGGAGAAUGGAUGUGUAAAUCGAAUCAAGAUAAAUUAUACACGGCAGAGAAUCCAACAACUCAUAAGCUUUUGAUGAGUAAACAGCGUCUGUUUCACGUUGCUCGAGUGGACAGUUCCUUGAGUCAAAUAUACAAACAGCCAUGUAUAGUCUUUGCGGGUCACGUUUCGUUGCGUAGUGGUGCUGCUGUAGAAUUUUUAAAGAAAUGGGGCAAAAACACUGCGAAUAUGAUUAUAUUCACAGACUCUGACGUUGAUUAUAAAGAGGCCUUUUCCCCUUUUGAAGGAUUGAAAAUAAAUCAAGAAAUCAUCCCGCUCGAUAUCAGGCUUUCUGUGCAAGAAGUAGAAUCCAUACUUCGGCAAUAUCACCCGAAGACAGUACUUGUUCCCUCUGACGUUAAUGAAAUUGAUGGUAACACAUUACUAUCUCAUCAGCGGCUUGUAGUUUACGAGUAUUCGGUCGUACAUAAUGUAACAAUAAACUCACAAUACGAAAGAACGUCACUCAGUGAAUCACUGGCAAAAUUAAUCAGACCGAAAGUAGUUGGCAACUCACUCGUUGGCUCGUUAAAUGGCAAUUUAAUGACGCACAACAACAGAUUUUUAUUAGCCAAGGGAAAGAUUGGUGUAAAUUACCAGAGAUUUCUCUGGGGUGACGCACGAGUCGACAAGAUACUUGACAGAUUUGCAGAAGUCGGUAUCGAUGAAGCCUGUGUCAUUAAGGAGGACAUGUUGGAUGCUAUUAUUAUUACGCUAGACUCUCCAAAAGCGACAAUCACCUUGACUCCUAAUUCGUCAAAUAUUGACGUAGAAGACAGCAGUAUAAGAAAGUUUAUAGCCGAUAUAGUAGUAAACCAAUUCACACAAAUGUGA